GCACGGCCUGGGCGGGAUGGAGCCGCCGCCGUCGGGCUCGUUGUUUGCGGCGUUCAGCGGGGCGAAGGCGGCCGGCGCCGGGGGCUCGCAAGGAUUGGAUUGGCUCAGUAAUCAAAGCUUCCGCACUGAGGAUGCCCUACAGCUGCACCAGCGCAUCGUGGCAAUUGCAGCAGACUCGGUCCAGGGGUCACCACAGGCAAGUGUUUAUUCAGACCAUGAAGUAUCUGGGCGAUUGUCCCCCAGAUCGCCGAGCAGUGGUGAAGAGCAUGCCGCUACCAAAAAGAAGAAAAAGAAGAAGCAUCACCGUCACAAAAAAGAGAAAAAGAAACACAGAGAGAGCUACCAUUCCAGCAGUGACUCUGACCCUGAGCUCCUCUGGGAUAAAGGCAAAGAGCCCCACACGGAGAGGACUGAAGUCUGUACUGAUCUGCCUGUGGGCAAGUUCAUGUGGCUGGAUGACCUCCAGUCACAGACCGCACAGACCUUCUGCAUCGAUAGAAAGGCUGAUCCUGCCAACUGGGAGUACAAAUCGCUCUAUCGUGGAGAUCUGGCAAGGUACAAAAGGAAAGGCGAUGUCUGCAUUGGUCUUGAUCCCAAAAAACAGUGGAUUACUUGGGAAGAUUCAAACCAACGGAAGAAAAGAGUGAAAAAGAGGGAGGAUCGAUACUACAGCACAUCCAGCCUUCAGCUCCUAAGCAUUGACACAGUUCCUGUUCAUUGUGAAGAUGUUUUACGAGGUAAAACUUCUGGUGUUGCUCCAGCCUCCUUCAUACCUGUUCCAGACUGGGAAGAGAGUGACAGUAGAUCCUCAGGGGCCAUCACCUGGGUCAAUCCGCUUGGGAUUUAUGAUGUUUCCACCACUCUGUGGCUACAGGGGAAGGGACAACCGGAGCGGGAAGACAAAGCCCUCGUGCCCAUGGACAGCGAUGAGAAAGUAAAUUCGGCCAUGAUGGCCAAGGUGGAGAGAUUCAACAGGUUGUUGAGAGAUGACCCCAGCAAUAUCCAAACCUGGGUGGAGUUUGUUCAUUUUCAGGACGAUUUAAUGCAAGGUCCGAAUCCAUUCACUGCAUCUGCAGGAGAAUCUGAGAAAAGGAAGAGAUCGCGCCGGAUUACCUUGGAGAAGAAGCUGGCCAUCUUGGAGCGAGCUAUUGAAAGCAACCCCAACCACGCAGAGCUGAAGGUGGCCCGGCUGGAGCUUUGUAAGGAAUCUUGGGAACCAUCCGAACUGGUCAAUGAGUGGAAGAAAGUGGUCUUUCUUCACCCGAAUGACACCACUCUAUGGCAGAAGUACCUCCUGUUCUGCCAGAGUCAGUUCAGCACCUAUUCAACCUCCAAGGUCAAUGGCAUCUACGGCAAAUGUCUGAGCACUCUCGCAGCUGUCCUGGAUGGCACCCUUGUGUCUCAUCCUGCACUUCCUGACACAGAAGAAGCCAUGCUGGCAAUUUUCCUGCAGCAGUGCCAUUUCUUGCGACAGGCUGGCCAUUCAGAAAAAGCCAUUGCCCUUUUCCAGGCCCUCAUCGACUUCACCUUCUUCAAGCCGGACAGCAUUGCUGGGCUGACAACUAAGGCACAGGUGGAAUUCUUUGAGCCAUUCUGGGAUAGCAGUGAUCCCCGGUUUGGAGAAGUCGGAGCGAGAGGUUGGAAGGCAUGGAUGCGGCAGCAGGAAAAGGGCGGAUGGGUUAUCCUGAACGAGGAAGGCGAUGAGGAAGAAGAGGAUGAAGAUGGAGACGAGCUCAAGGACAAGUCACUACCCAAGUGGCAGCUCUGGAUGCAGGUGGAAAGUGCCCGUGACUCCAAGCACUGGUUGCCAUGGCGAGCCAGUAAGGCAAAAGGCCAAACUGAGGAGGACUGCGAGGAUCCUGAUAGGCAGGUGCUGUUUGACGACAUUGGUUCCUCGAUGUUCAGGAUCUCCAGCCCAGAGCUGAAAUUCCAGCUCAUGUCCUCCUUUCUGCAGUUCCUGGGGAUUCCGGCAGGGUCGGGCCUCCCCUGCUCCUGCCUGAACCUGGCGCUGGAUGAGCCAGCCCUGUUUGGCAGCGGAUCGGACUGCAAGAGGCUGCUCGACCAGUCAGACUCGCCCGCAUCUGGGGUCGGCUGUGUCGGGUUCAUGGCUGCAGAGCCCAGACAGAAGAGGGCAGCCGGGCACUGCAGGGCUGGAGAGGAGUUCAUCCGGAUCGUGUUUCAGCAAGCACUGCCUCAGUUUUCCGGGGAAGAGCGGUCAGAGUUGGUCCGGAGCUGGCUGCUGUACGAGAAGUCCAAGGUGGUGCAGAACCUGCAGCUCGGGAACAAGAGGCUGAAAUCUCAGGGGAAGAGGAGCAAGAAGUUAGCCAAAAGCCUUCUGAAGGAAGCUGAGAACAGGAAUAACCUGGCCCUCUGGAAGGAGUACGCCCACUUGGAGUGGCUCCUGGGCAACGUGGAGGACUCGCGGAGGGUCUUUGACACAGCCCUAACGAUGGCCAUUACCCAGGGGCUGACGAGCUCCCCGCUGUGUAACCUCUGCUUCCUCUAUGCGUCACUGGAGCUGGAGUUAAUGGGGAGCCUAGGGGGAGCAGCAUCCUGUCGAGCGCUCUACGUCCUGAUGAGAUUUGCCCAGGGGAACAGUUACUCGCCUUACAGCGGGGAGGUGCUGCCGGUUAAUGUGCUUAAGGCUCGGAAGAGUUACGAACAUGCUUUUCAGCACUGCUUAACCAAUGACUUCUCACCACAAGAUGUAUUGCAAGGAACCCAGAAACCUGCUCACUUAGUAGCCCUGGUAGGUUGCUUUGCACUCUUCCAAUACCUCACAGUGGGGAUUCAAGUUGCUGACGCACUUUACAGACAGGCGUCUGAAAGGCUCACUGGCCUCUCCUCACUGAAUGAAAUCGAACUCGCCAGCGCUGGGAUUUCAGCCUCUGAACGUCUGGCCACGAUGCACGUGGCGCUGCUGAGAUUUCACAUGAAGGUCGGCAUCUAUCCCUUGCGUCCCCUUCGCGAAAUGCUUGCGUGCGCUCUACAGCGGUACCCUGGCAACCCUGAUCUCUGGAGGUUCUACGUGCAGGUCGAAAACACGUCGCACAAUGGCAGCAGAGCUCGAAGGUUCUUCGACAGUAUCACCAGGGCUACAAAAGACACAAUAUUACCCUGGUUAUUCGCAAUCCACGCAGAAGAGCAAAGGAAGGAACGUGUCGACUCUGUACAGAGGGCAGACGCUGGGAUCGUGCACAGCACUCUACCGGAGACGGGCCUGGUCAAUCGCAUCGGAGCCCUGUUUGAGCAUGCGGUUCAGUCCAAGGCCGGUGUGAACUGUGUUCUGCUCUGGAGGAUGUUCCUGCAUUUUACGUCAAAGCGGGGGAAUGUGGAGAGGACGAAGGGUGUGUUCUACAGGGCCCUGCAGCAUUGUCCGUGGGCAAAGGUCCUGUACCUGGAUGCAGUUAGUCUGUUACCAGGGCAGCUUCAAGAAAUCAUCGACUUAAUGACCGAGAAAGAAAUCCGGAUCCGGGUUCCCCUGGAGGAGCUGGAAAUUCUCAUCGAGGAUUAAUCGGGAACGAGCUGCAUUCCUGUGACUUCCCUCACUGUCCCCAUGAUGUCUCGAAGUACCCGGGGGGCAAAGGGUCAGGAGCGGAGGCGGACAGUUUCCCCACACGCAGCCCCAUCGGAGGCCAGCCGCUGCCUCGUCUGAGGGCCGAGCUGUAGUGGGUCUGCACGCAGAAACGUCCCUCCCUCCCAACACCCCAGAGAGUAAACAAAUGGAUCAUCGACAACCUUGGUGAUGCAGGUUGAGGGAGGAAUGCUGGUCAGGAUUCCCGGGAAACUGCCUGAUCUUCUCAACUGUGUCAGGGAAUCUUUAACAUCCAGUAAUAUAGGCAGAUUAUCAUCUCAUCCAAAGGACGUGUUAUCAGAGACACAAAAAAUUCUGGAUGCUGGAAUCUGGAGCAAUACACAAAAAGUGCCAGAGGAACUCAGCAGGUCAGGCAGCAUCCAUGGAGGGAAUUAAACAGUUGACGUUUCGGGCCGAGACCCUUCAUCAGGACUGGAAAGGAAGAGGGCAGAAGCCAGAAGGUUUCUCUUCUUCCUCCAGUUCUAAAGAAGGUCUCGUCCCGAACCGUCGACUGUUUAUUUCCCUCCAUGGAUGGGUUAUCAGAAUGUUCAUUUGUAAGAUUUCUUUUAAGUAAUAUUUAUUUUGUAUUAACUGAAAGAUGUGUACAGUUGUCUAUUUGUGUGCUGAGAAUUAAACUCUCCUCUCAAAG